CCUUGCUGGGCCACAUCAUCACCUCUCAUCAAAACCGACAAACCCUUCUCCAUCUCCGACUACCACACCCCGUCGUUUUCCUCCUCUCUCCCUUUGUUCUGCUGCAAGGGAUUGACGUGUCUUGAUUUCCCACCAUCAAUCGCAAUCGACAACUGGAGCUUGCGGGGCAUCCUCUGGAGCAAGUCAGAUCAAGCCAUCUCAUACCAUCGCCAGCCGAUCGCCCUCCCUUCUUUUUCUCGCCGAAAGUCUUCUAGGGUCGAAACCCCCCGGGAAAAAAACGCCAGCAUGCGCUUCUCAUCCGCCGUCUUCUUCGCGGGCAACGCGCUCGCCAUCGCCCAGCAAGAGUGUCUCGCCCAGAACAGCGCUGACCUGGCCGCUUACGCCGACUGCGCCGACCAGUCCGCCCUCGCUGCGUGCCUCUCCAAGCUCGAAUCCACCGAACAGCCCGCUGUCCAGGGCUGCUACACCGACGCUGGCUGCUCCUCCCAGGAGGCUAUCGCCGAGGCUCGCCGCACAUGGCAACGAUGCGAGGAGCUCGCCAAGGGUGAGGACCUCAAGAAGCGCUUCCCGGCCGCUCCUCUUCCCACCAUCGCUCCCCGUGUCGCCGCCGCCAACCCUACCCUUUUCAAGCGAGAAGGCGCCGACACGUCGUCUGGCAAGGACUGCUUGACCGCCAAGGUCAAGGACACGACAGCUUGCGACGUCAAGACCAAGAGCGGUACGGCCGAGACGGGAUCCUGCUCCUCCAUCACCACCACCACGAGCACCUGCCGUGACGAUGUCAUCUGCACCAUGCUCGACAACAGCAACGAGACCAUCUGCCUGGUCAAGAAGGAGAUGGACACGGCCGGCAUCAUCAUCGCCAUCGUCUUUGCCGGUGCCCUCGCCCUCAUGAUGGGUUACCUGACCUUCAUGUGCUGCAGAGACAAGAAGGAGCAGAAGCGUCUCGUCGCCAAGUCCGAGGCCGUCGCUCUCGCCCGUGCCGCCACCAAGAAGCAGCGCGCCGCUCAGCGCCAGCCCCUCAUCCGCAACGCCUCUGGUCAGUCGAACCCAUCAAACGCCGGAGCCAACCCCUUCCAGGACCAGACCCGAAUCUAGGCGGAACGGUCCGUCCGAGGAAGAGAGUCGGGAAGGCUUUCCAGCGUCUGGGAGGAGCCUUCAUGGGCACCGCAACCCCAACGCUGAGCUGUCUCUUUUUGAACGCGUCAGGGGGAGUCUAUAUUUGACUCGGUUCAAGGCCAUGGGGCGAGGGUUACGUCUUUUUUGAUACCUUUUUGUCAGGCCAGGGAACAACAACAACAUCAACAACAACUUCAUGUUUUGAGUAUUUCGGAGCAAUGGGAAAGGAUAAAGUCUGCAACUUUGUGUGUGAAUGUCAUCUACGAAACCAAAGGGGGAGAAGCCUAGACGUUGAAUUAAAGUAUUACCUGUACUUCCAUGCCAUUGCCACAUAAUUACUGCUUCUGUAGUUACGUGCUUCCAUUGCCUUCCUC